AUUGCCGAUCUAUUCAUCAAAAUGUCUUGUGAGAUUGUAUGUGCUCAUCAGAGUUUCUGUUGGAGAGAAAUAUUGGUUUCUAAAGAUUUUGUAUGCAAAUAGCUGUUCCACCAAGUUGUGUGCAUUGCUGUACGGUCCCCAGUCUAUGCAAGAUGGCGCGAAAUUUGCCUGACAGUGGUGAAGUCGUACGGAUUUCGGAGAUUUUCCUAAGGGGGGCCGAGGAGUUGGACGGUCAAGCCGUGCGUGUGAUGGGAAAAGUUUUCCACGGCGGUAUGAGGUCUCCUACUCUUGUUGUAUACUGUAUGUUGUUUCCUCUUGCUAGGCUGGAGACCCACGACAUUAUAGGUUGUACAGCUGAGUUGUCCAACGUUGAGCGGUCCAAGAACAGCAGUCCACACCAGCAACUAUCCGUCGACACAAGACUUAUCGAACCAUUUCAAGCCAGACUCGGUUCCAUCUUCCAGAUGAUUGGAGAGACAGAAUUCACGGCAGGUGGUCCACUUCUGCACGCCCGAGUCGUGAGAUGUGUGGAUGGGAUAGACACUGCAGUGUACUAUAAAGCGUUAGAUAUGCAGAGGCAAUAUUUAAAAGAAAGACUGUCCCUCUAUAUCUGAGGGGUCACCAAUAUUGUGAACUACGGCUGUGGCGCGUUGAUACAUCCGAUCAUGGAAGUUAAGUGUCGUGCAGUCCAGACAGUACUUGGAUGGGAGACCACCAAGGAAGACUGGAUACUGUAGCCGGGUUAUACCAAAGACUCUUCUUUAAUAUAUGGUACAUACUUCUUUCUCUGCUAAGAGGAAGAGUAUGGAAGCUAAACACACUACACUACCAGUGAAUAGCCCCCUGAUGUAGUGACCUAAUACAUGUAGUAUGUGUGUGGCCCCAGGGCUACGAAACGGAGAUGGGCGCUGGACCCGAUGCAUCACAUUGAUGUAUGGGUAACUUCAGCUUUAGUAUUGUGAAAACAGUAGAGCAGUAUGUUCUUCAUUGAUCCCUCAUUCUGGCUGAAUCUGAUAAUCACAUUCAUGGUUGGAGGUACAACAGAAUGUGGUAUUUUGCCUUGGGAGAUAAACAUGGUUAAGGAGGUUUGACGGCUUAAUACUUAUCGCAGGGUUGCACAAGCUACAAGGAUUGAAUAUGUAAGUUCAGUGUACACUCUACAUUAUACAAUGUAUGUAAAAUAAGGUAAAAUUUGUGAUCAUUCUCUGCUGAAACUACUUUUUUAUGACACCUAGCAGAUAUCAGCAUACUGCAGCUAAUGCACAGCAGUUGGCAGAAACACUAACAGUAUUCAGGCAUCAAUUCACACUGACUAAGCAAAUAUUGUAAUCCAACUGUAAGAGUUUCAAAACUAGUAUAAUAGGUAGCAAUCAGUAUACCGUAUAGCAGAUUUUCUUCCGGACCUCGCUCGCUGUUGUGCACAGAAGAUUAUUCUAGAGAAUAGCUCAUUUAUUUCAUUUUACCAGGGUUUAAGUUCAACUUUAAUAGGCUGUUUCAAGUACUUUGAUGCGCUACUAUGCAAACUGGCUUGUACAUGCUUAAUCUAGGAACUUCUUCACAGUGCAAUUGGCAUUCAAACUGAAUUGGGCUUGACAACGCUUUAUUUCCACCAGUACAUACCUUGUUUAAAAAUUAUACAAAAAAUAUAUGUUAUACAUGGGAA